GUCUAUGUAAUGCCAUUUUGCUUAUGAUUCGUCGAUUGAGUGCUUUGUGUCACUCAUUGACUGCAUUGCCAUCCAAUCCAUGCUAUAGUCGUCUCACUAUUGGCUCAACAAAACACUUCAUUUCGUUGUCUUAUUUGACAACAAAUUGACGCCAAAUAUCAACACAAACGCCGAUCGCAGCCAAUACUGGCCACACUAUUGUCACCACAACUGGUCUGACCAUCGCUUCCAGCACUCGAUGUCGGACUCAUUCAACACCAAUGAUGGCAACGCCGCCAACAGUGACGCCCAGCAGAUGCUCGACAACUUCUGGCACAGAGAGAUCGACAACAUCAAGAACUUGGCUCAGACUGACUUCAAGAACCAAGAGUUACCGUUGGCUCGCAUUAAGAAGAUCAUGAAACUGGACGACGACGUGAAGAUGAUAUCAGCGGAAGCGCCGGUUCUGUUCGCAAAAGCGGCCGAAAUAUUCAUAACAGAGAUCUCAUUGAGGGCUUGGAUUCAUACGGAAGACAAUAAGCGACGGACACUGCAGAGGAAUGACAUAGCGAUGGCCAUAACAAAGUACGAUCAGUUCGACUUUCUCAUAGACAUCGUUCCCAGAGAUGAACUCAAACCCACCAAAAGGCAAGACAACGACGCGAUGCGCGGCGCUGUGGCCACGACGGCGGCCGUACACCCGGAUCAGGUGCAGUACUACUUGCAAUUGGCGCAACAGCACCAGCAGGCGCUCCAACAUCAGGGCCCACAACAGGGCCAACAGAUCCAAAUCGUGCAGACGGGCGCCGGCGCUGGCGGUCAGCCCCAGUUCGCGAUGUCCGGCUCCGGGCAGUUGGUUCAGGUGCAGAUGCCCAACAGCGCCGGCGGUGACGGCCAAGCGGUGAACGCCCAGCAAACCACUCAAGUGCUUCAGUUGGCCGCACCGACCGGCGGCGCCAACGCCUCGCCAAAGGGCGGCCAAAUACAGAUCGUUCAGAACGUGAUGAACGCCAACGGAGAGAUCGUUCAGCAACAGAUCCCCAUCCAGUUGUCGGCCCAACAGAUCCAGGCGUUACUUCAGAGUCAAACGGGCGGUCAGGCGGGCAAUCAGCCCAUAAUCCUGACGUCUCCCCUCCAACAGGCGGUGUCUAUGCCUCAGUACCAAAUCGCCACCAGUGGUGGCCAACAAUUCCUCCAAACCGUGGUCUCGGGUGCGGCCACUGGUGUGGGCGCCGCCGGUCUGUCCGCACAUCAAACCGAUUCGUCGCCACAAUUGGACGACGAGUCAAACGAGACUUAAAAAUGACACUUAUUUUUGAAUUUUCGUUUCCAUUCAUCUCUCAAACCUGUUAUCAAAUCAUUGAUUCAUUCAAAUAGUUAUAUAAAUAAUACAAUUAUCUCAACAAAUAAAUCGACUUUUUAUCUGAAAACAAAUUCAUUUGAAAAUAAAG